AUGACACGCCUUCCAUACACCGAUCCCGACGAUGAACCAACUCAGCCUUUUUCUUCGCCCGGGUCACGGAUGGAACUGUUUACUGUUUCCCCUCCCAGUGCAGCAAUUCUUGUCAUACCCAACCGGGUAUGCGAACUAACCUUUGACAGCCCGAGCAACGAUCAUCACCGUUCGUCUCAUGACGCUCAACCUUCCCAUGACUCAUUCAAUGCCGUCGAUGUUGGCGAUGACAAUGCCAUAAUCUCCGCCAGUCCAGGAAGACAGAUGGAAGCUUCCGAGGUCGAUAUCUCCUGCUUGAAAAAUAUAGUGACGUGGAGGGAUGUGAACGACCGAGCGCAACACAGCGACAACGUCAAUCUUGAUGUCUACGCGGAUGUUUCGACCAACACGGCGAUUUUCAAGCUGUACUGCGACGUCCGUUUCAAGGGCAAGAAAGGCAACAAAGGCAACAACAUUCAAACUAUCUACUUGUUUAUAUAUCCUGAGAAAAUUCGGACUGUGACGUUGAACUCAAACGUUGACUCGCUUGCCCCUUUCUCCUCUCUUCGAUUUUCUUUGACACAGCCACCCUCUCUGAUCGUACCAGGAGAGCAUAUUAUGCAGUGUAAGCCGCAGACCAAAGGCCUGUUUGGUUUAAUGCACUCUUUGGCCGAAGUCACCGAUUUCACCAUUCAGUUGAAUAACUCCAUCGUGACUACACCGUUAAUAUCCUCUUUGGAGCGGAUUGUCCAUCUUUUCUCUGUUGCUACGGAUCGACCGCGCACGAAUGCGAGAUGUGCCAACAUUGCCUCCUUAUACAGUGGCAGGGGAGGCAAGAUCGUCAAUGUCGAUGCGGCUGUCGCCAAGGCAGGAGAGCCAGAAGAAGCAAGCGAAGAAUUUCUGCCUGAAUAUACUGCAUCGACAAGUGGUCAAGCGUCUCAUAAGCGCCAGCGCAAAGAUUCCAGUCCUAGCGAGCCGCGCUCUCCUGCACCUCAUGAACGCAUGCUUUUGCUUCUCGAGUCCAUGUGCACCAGCAUCGGCCGAAUGGAAACUCGGUUAGACAGCAUGGAAGGCCGCUUAAACAGCAUGGAAGGCCGAUUAGACGGCAUGGAAGGUCGCUUUGGUCAAUUAAACAGCCGAUUAGACGGUAUGGAAAACCGCUUUGAGCAACUGGAAAGCAACGUGUUGGAUGCGAUACAGUGCAACUACAGCCCUUGUCGCUUCGGCACAGAAGAGAGAACGGAGAUGCUGGAUGAGAUACACGAGCAGAUUGAAGAUCGCACACUGGACAUGAAAAUUGAGUGCGAAGAAAUGCUGAAAGAAGUUGAGAAAGAUGCCGAAAAAGCAAUAGAAGAAUUGCAAGAGGAGGUAAAGGAGACGUUGGAGCAACUGGAAGAGAGUGUAGAGGAAAACACCGAGCGGCUGGUCAAGCAGGGUCUGCGAACCAAACUUGAGAACGCCAGUUUACGAUUCGAUGGCACCGUAUUUCUCGACACUUAG